AUGGAUCGCGUCUCCCACUGGCCGUCCGCGUCAGGCCUCAUAUAUCAUAACCCUUUUCCACCUCUAAGCUCCCUUUCCUCUCGACUCUCGACUCUCCAUCUCCCGUCCAGAGUUCAGGCGACGACGAAGGAAGCAGCUAGACAAGAACCUUCUCUAACGAAUUCGGAGAAGCUGCGAAGCCGCGGUGGGAAUGCAUACACAAAAACGUGGGCGAUAUCAGAGUUCCUGCAGCCAUCACUCAAAGCCUUCGCUCGCGCUCGCGACCGUCCCCUCACCCCUCGAUACCCCAUGACGUACGUCGGCGACUGCAUCUUCAUCAAGAACCUCUCGCACCACAAGCUCCAAGCCUUCGUCUCGCGCGACAACGGGGGCAGCGACCACUGGCACACCUUGACGAACUCCUUCAAGGCCGGCAGGUGGGGCCGCUCGGGGUGGGAGGUCGUCGUGUUGCGCGACGAGAGGGAUAGUCGGCGCACGGGCGUGUACAUGCAUAUCAAGGACGUCACUGUCUACAUCACCGUCCACGCGCUCCACGACAUCCGCGUCGAGUACGGACGGGACGGCUGCGCCGCGCUCGGCGCCAUAAGCACGUAUAUGCCUCCAUUUACGUUUCCUGAAUCCAGUUUACUCGACCACACUGGGAAUCGCGGCCGCACGCACUCCCAGCCGUACAUUGGCGACUGCGUGCUCAUCAGGAACGUAUCCGGGAGGCGGUUCCAGGCGUUCGUGUCGAGCUAUCAGGGGGGCGGCAACGGCUGGUACGCGGUGACCACGUCGUUCGGGGACGGGCGGUGGGACCGCGCGGGGUGGGAGGUCGUUGUGUGCCGCGACGCGGCGGAUACGUGGCGCCGGGGCGUGUACGUCCGUGUCACAGAUGUCACUGUGUAUGUUACGAUUGAGGGCGUCGGGGAUGUGGAGAUUGAGUACGGGGGAGAGGGGGUCGGCGUCGGCGUCGGCUCUGGGAGGGGCGGGGGUCUCGGGGAUGGGGACGGGGAUGGGGGCGCGGGUCAGAGGGAGAUGACGGAGGCGGGGCUGGCGGGGCUAGGGAGUACCUCUCAGAAGGGAGACGACGAGUCGGACACGCUGUACAAUGAGUACCAACCGUGCGCGAAGGAACUCGGGGAGCAAGAUAUCCACAGAUUCGACGGGUGGGCCUAG